AUGGAAUCUUGAAAUGUUGAACCUGAAAACCACAAAUUUUGGCAACGGGCGCCAAACCCUGAGCCUAAGUAAGCAAUUUCCCGCCUAUACGUGUCCAUUGAAAACCUCUCAAUAAAUAGAGAGCGUCCAAGAGCCACAGUUCUCACUAUCAGACCAACUCCUCCCAUUUUAGCCAUUUCUAGGGUUUCUCCGCCGAUAAGGAAACUAAUGGGAUCCAUCGCGGCAGCCGAUGAUGCCGCCGCCGCCGCCGCAGCCACCGCACCUCUAAACGACGCCGAAUCGGCUCCUUCUGCGCUUUCCUCAGGAACAACGAAGAAGAAGGGUAGAAAAGCUACCCAAAAGGAAGCGCCUGCUGGCGGUAGAGGUAGGAAGCGAAAUGUGCCUCCAACUGGUGAAGAGCAAUCCCAGUCCCGCAAAAUGCCCAAGCGAGCUGCUGCGUGUAAAGACUUUAAGGAGAGGGCUGUUCGAGUUUCCGAAAAGUCUGCUUUCAUCGAAAGCAAGGAGGAGCAGGUUGUGCCAGAUGAAAGUCUUGCCGUAGUCAUGACUUGUGGAAAGGAUCCAGAUGAUGAGAAGCCGAACAGGAGAUUGACUCAGUUUAUCUUGCAUAAUGAAGAUGGUAUUGUACAGCCACUUGAGAUGGUGCAACAUGGUGAUCUGUUUAUUACUGGUACUCUAUUGCCUCUUGAUGCAAGUUCUGACAAUGGCAAGGGCAAGGGAAAGGAAAAGGGUGUUAUAUGUGAAGGUUUUGGGCGGAUAGAAGCUUGGGACAUCUCUGGUUAUGAUGAGGGAUAUCCAAUAAUAUGGCUUACAACUGAUGUUGCUGAUUAUUGUUGUGUUAAGCCUGCAAGCAGCUACAAGAAACACUAUGAUAAUUUCUGUGAGAAAGCACGUGCUUGCAUAGAGGUCUACAAAGUACUGUCAAAAUGCAACUCUGACUGCAGUCUUGAUGAAUUACUUGCUGGCAUCGCUCGAUCAAUGAGUGGAAACAAAUUCUUCUCUGGCAGUGCUUCUAUCAAAGAAUUUAUCAUUUCUCAAGGCGUGUUUAUAUAUAAUCAAUUGGAAGGUUUGGAGGAGUCUUCUAAGAAGAAUGAUCGGGUAUUGGCACAGCUGCCAGUUCUUGCAGCCCUUAGACAGGAGUGUAUAAUGCAGGGAUACUAUGUGACUUCAAACCCAGCAGCUUCAAGCGGUACAUUAAAGAUUGCUUCAGAUGGAGGGAAUAGUUCAUCAAAAGUUGAAACCGAGGAAGACGAAGAUGCCAAGUUGGCUAGACUUAUUCAAGAAGAAGAAUACUUUAAAUCUAUGAAGCAGAAAAAGCGUCAGGGUGCUGCCUCCAUGUCAAAGAAAUUUUACAUCAAAAUUAAUGAAGAUGAAAUUGCUAAUGAUUAUCCUGAACCUGCCUAUUAUAAGACUGCUAUUGAAGAGACAGAUGAAUUUAUAGUGGUUGAAAGUGAGGAUGGGGAUCUUCCCACGCACAUGCUUCACAACUGGUGUCUAUACAAUUCAGACUCGAGACUGAUUUCGCUGGAGCUUCUUCCAAUGAAGGCUUGUGCUGAUAUUGAUGUUACGAUUUUUGGUUCUGGGGUUAUGAGUGAAGAUGAUGGAAGCUGUGGAUUUGAUCUUGACAGUAUCCAGUCGUCUUCAAGUGGUCCAGUAGUACCAGUAGCAGAGGAUGCUUAUGGCAUGCCAGCUUACUUGAGUUCCAUAAAGGAAUGGGUGAUAGAAUGGGGAGCCUCAAUGAUUUCAGUAUCAAUUCGAACAGAACUGGCUUGGUACAGACUUGGCAAGCCAUCAAAGCAGUAUGCUAAGUGGUAUGCACCAAUACUGAAAACAGCAAGGGUUGGGAGAAGUAUAAUCACAAUGCUCAAGGCAGAAAGUCGAGUAGCACGGCUCUCUUUUGCAGAUGUCAUUAAAAGAUUGUCAGAGUUCCCUAACAGCGAUGGUGGUUACAUUUCUUCUGAUCCAGCAUCUGUUGAGAGAUAUGUGGUUGUACAUGGACCGAUAUUACUUCAGCUGUUUACAGAAUUUCCAGAUGGGAAGAUUAAAACUUGUCCAUUUGUUCAUGGUCUUAGAGACAAAAUGGAGAAGAGGCACCAUACUAAAUGGGAAGUAAAUAAGAAGAUUUUGCAGAAGAGUGAAUCAAAUUUGAACCCGAGGGCAUCAAUGGGACCUGUGGCGUCCAAGAGGAAAGCAAUGCAAGCUACGACAACAAAGCUGAUUAACAGAAUCUGGGGGGAGUACUAUUCAAAUUACUCUCCAGAAAAUUCAAGCCCAGUGGAAACUUGUGAAAAGAUAGAGGAGGAUGAAGUUGAUGAAGAGGUCCAGGAGGACUUAGAAGAGGAUGAUGCUGAAGAGAAUUCAUCAGUAGUGAAAGAAGCCCAAAGACCUUCUCCGAUUUUAAGAAAAAUUAAAUCAAGCUCCAGUAGCAAGAAGGUUUUGUGGGAUGAGGAGCCUGUGGGAAAAACAUCUUCUGGUGAAGCUGUCUACAAGCAUGCUGUUCUUCGUGGAGAAGAGAUUUCUGUGGGUGGUGCUGUUAUGGUGGAAGUUGAUGGUUCAGAUGAACUUCCUGUUAUCUAUUUUGUAGAAUACAUGUAUGAAUCAUCAGAUGGAGAAAAAAUGCUCCAUGGCAGAAUGAUGCAGCGAGGAUCUGAUACUGUUCUGGGAAACACUGCUAAUGAGAGGGAGGUAUUCUUGACAAAUGAGUGCAUAAACUUGGCACUGAAGGAUGUGAAACAGACGGUUGUUGUGGGUAUCAAGUCAAUGCUGUGGGGGCAUAAACAUCGGAAGGAAAAUGCUGAUGCUGAGAGAAUUGAUAGAGCAAAUGCAGAAGAGAGGAAGAAGAAAGGAUUGCCGACUGAAUACUACUGUAAAAGCUUGUAUUUCCCGGAGAAAGGUGCUUUCCUUAGUCUUUCUCGUGAUACUAUUGGUCUGGGGUCUGGUUUUUGCUUCUCUUGCAAAGCUAAUGAAGAAGAAAAGGCCAAAGAAGUCUUUGAAGUGAAUUCAUCAAAGACUGGUUUUAUAUACAGUGGAGUUGAGUACUCAGUUCAUGAUUAUGUCUACGUAAGCCCCUAUCAUUUCUCUGUGCAAACAAUUGAAACUGAACUUUUCAAGGCUGGACGGAACCUGGGGUUGAAACCUUUUGUUGUGUGCCAAGUGCUGGGGAUAAUUACAAAGGGAUCUAAACAAUCUGAAAUGAAGUCUACCCAGGUUAAAGUUCGAAGGUUUUUCAGACCAGAGGACAUUUCGGUUGAGAAAGCGUACUGCUCAGAUGUCAGAGAAGUCUACUACAGUGAAGAACUACACAUUUUGCCUGUAGAUAGCAUAGAAGGGAAAUGUGAAGUCAGAAGGAGGAGUGAUCUUCCAGAAUGUAAUGCUCCUGCAUUGUUUCAGCAUAUAUUCUUCUGUGAGCAUUUAUAUGAUCCUUCCAACGGGUCUCUUAAGCAGUUGCCGGCUAACAUCAGGGUAAAGUACUCAACAGUAGGUGGUGAUACUGAAUCGAGAAAGAGAAAGGGCAAGUGUAAAGAGGGAGAAGAUGUUCCUGAAGCUGAGCAACAGAGAGAUGAUUCUGAACACAAACGCCUAGCCACUUUGGAUAUAUUUGCGGGAUGUGGUGGCUUAUCGGAGGGGUUGCAUCAGGCUGGUGUGUCAAUAACCAAGUGGGCAAUCGAGUAUGAAGAACCGGCUGGACAGGCUUUCCAACUCAACCAUCCCGAGUCCAAGGUAUUCAUCAACAAUUGUAACGUCAUCUUGAAGGCCGUCAUGGAUAAGUGUGGAGAUACGGAUGAUUGCAUUUCCACUACUGAUGCCAAUGAUUUAGCAUCAGCACUAGAUGAAAAGGAGAAGAGCGAUUUGCCCUUGCCAGGACAGGUGGACUUUAUAAAUGGAGGCCCUCCAUGCCAGGGUUUUUCUGGUAUGAACAGAUUUAACACCAGUACUUGGAGUAAAGUCCAGUGUGAAAUGAUACUGGCCUUCUUAUCCUUUGCUGAUUACUUCCGGCCAAAAUACUUCCUCCUGGAGAAUGUGAGAAACUUUGUGGCUUUCAAUAAAGGACAGACAUUCCGUCUGACUUUGGCUUCACUUCUGGAGAUGGGUUAUCAGGUGAGGUUUGGUAUUCUGGAAGCCGGUGCUUAUGGGGUUUCCCAGUCCCGAAAGCGAGCAUUUAUUUGGGCAGCUGCACCAGAUGAGAUUCUUCCCGAAUGGCCAGAGCCAAUGCAUGUUUUUGGCGUGCCAGAGUUGAAGAUCAACUUGUCCAGUAAUUCAUAUUAUGCUGCUGUUCGGAGUACUGCAAGCGGUGCCCCUUUCCGCCCCAUAACAGUAAGAGACACAAUUGGCGAUCUCCCAGCUGUAGGGAAUGGAGCAUCCAAGGUCAAUAUGGAGUAUGAAAGCGACCCUGUCUCAUGGUUCCAGAAGAAAAUCAGAGGGAACAUGGCUGUUUUGACUGAUCACAUUUCAAAAGAAAUGAACGAGCUGAACCUCAUUCGGUGCAAGAGGAUCCCCAAGAGGCCUGGUGCAGACUGGAAGGACCUUCCAGAGGAAAAAGUGAAGCUCUCUACUGGUCAGCUAGUCGACUUGAUACCAUGGUGCCUGCCCAACACCGCCAAACGCCACAAUCAGUGGAAGGGCCUGUUCGGAAGGUUGGACUGGGAAGGCAACUUCCCAACCUCCAUUACUGAUCCUCAGCCGAUGGGCAAGGUGGGAAUGUGCUUCCAUCCCGACCAGGACAGGAUUAUUACCGUUCGAGAAUGUGCUCGUUCUCAAGGCUUCCCUGAUAGCUACCAGUUUUAUGGUAACACCCUCCACAAGCACAGGCAGAUUGGAAAUGCUGUCCCUCCAACUCUGGCCUACGCUCUCGGCCGAAAACUCAAGGAAGCAGUCAACAGCAAGAAGAGGUCUUCUUCACAAGAGUAGCUGCAGAGGUUUCAUGUUAAAGCAAAAUCCCUAUUCUCUUUUAUUGUGUUGUAUUUGUUUGUAGACUUCAUUUCAAAUAUCCAUGAUUAUACACAGAAGUGUUACUCA